CUCCCAAGGGUGCAAGGGGCAAGCUUGUAUCCACCAGGAUGCCAUGGUGAGCCCCAGAGUGGGCCAACUCCAUGGCUCUGGGCCCUGGCCCUGCCCUCCUGGCUGGGGUGUGGGGAGCGGUGGGGGGGAGUUCCUAAGGUUUUACUGGGGAGCUUGGGCUCAGGACAGACUCCAUCCUGUCCUGAGAGCAGAGGGGCAGGACUGAGACUCCCCCCGCGCGCCCCGUCCAGUCUGGCCUUCAGGUGGUGCCGUCAGGAGGUGGAGGGGCAGGUUUUAGGGCAGGUGCUCCAUUGCCCACUGUUGGGAGACCUCCCUGGGUCUCUGGACCAUGGAGAAAUAAGUGUGGCGGCCUCCGAGUUAGGAGUGAGGAUUGACCGAGACGGGCUUCCACGGGGGCCCCAGAACUGGGACUUGGAGGCUUGACUGGGAGAGAGGAGCGUAGGGGCUGGACUGGACGCUGCGGCCAGGAAACCAGGCAGGCAGGCUAGUGUUGGUGAGGACACAUCCCUGCGGAUUCUGCGCGCCCCACAGCCUUGUGGAGGGGAGAGGGGGCCGUGGUCUUCCCUGUCCAGAAAUGAGGUCAAGAGGCCAGGCCCAUGGACGGCUUCCCCAUCCUGCUGUUUCCCACUGCUGGGCCUCUGGGAACUCACUCCUGGCUUGAGAGCCAUGUGCUGGCCAGGGGCUGCUGCCCACCCUCGAGGGCUCCCUCAAGACAUCCAGAGUCAGAGUGGGCACCAGGGCGAGGCCCAGUGUCCGAAGGGCACCUGCAGGGCGGCAGUGGGCUGUGGCCCCCAUCAGCCAGGCCGAGCGCGUCCUGUCCGCACCCACAGAUCUGCAGAGCAGCCACUCUGCUGUCCUGGGGCCGCCAGAGGAACCAGCCACACCUGUUCCCACACCCACAGCCUGCGCUCCAGCAAAACCUCCUGCCCCCUGAGGUCUGCAGCCUCCUGAACCCUGCAGCCAUCUACGCCAACAAUGAGAUCAGCCUGCGCGACGUCGAGGUCUACGGCUUCGACUACGACUACACGCUGGCCCAGUACGCGGACGCGCUGCACCCCGAGAUCUUCAGUGCCGCUCGCGACAUCCUGAUCGAACAGUACAAGUACCCAGAGGGGAUUCGGAAAUAUGACUAUGACCCCAGCUUUGCCAUCCGUGGCCUGCACUACGACAUUCAGAAGAGCCUUCUGAUGAAGAUUGACGCCUUCCAUUACGUGCAGCUGGGGACAGCCUACAGGGGCCUCCAGCCCGUGCCAGAUGAGGAGGUGAUCGACCUGUACGGGGGCACCCAGCACAUCCCCCUGUACCAGAUGAGCGGCUUCUACGGCAAGGGCCCCUCCAUCAAGCAGUUCAUGGACAUCUUCUCACUGCCGGAGAUGGCCCUGCUGUCGUGCGUGGUGGACUACUUCCUGGGCCACGGCCUGGAGUUUGACCAAGCGCACCUGUACAAGGACGUGACGGAUGCCAUUCGUGACGUGCACGUGAAGGGCCUCAUGUACCAGUGGAUCGAGCGGGACAUGGAGAAGUACAUCCUGAGAGGGGAUGAGACGUUCGCCGUCCUGAGCCGCCUGGUGGCCCACGGGAAACAGCUGUUCCUCAUCACCAACAGUCCCUUCAGCUUCGUGGACAAGGGGAUGCGGCACAUGGUGGGUCCCGACUGGCGCCAGCUCUUUGACGUGGUCAUCGUCCAGGCGGACAAGCCCAGCUUCUUCACUGACCGGCGCAAGCCUUUCAGAAAACUGGACGAGAAGGGCUCCCUGCAGUGGGACCGCAUCACCGGCCUGGAGAAGGGCAAGAUCUACCGGCAGGGAAACUUGUUCGACUUCCUGCGCCUGACGGAGUGGCGUGGCCCCCGGGUACUCUACUUCGGAGACCACCUCUACAGUGACCUGGCGGACCUCAUGCUGCGGCACGGCUGGCGCACGGGCGCCAUCAUCCCCGAGCUGGAGCGCGAGAUCCGCAUCAUCAACACGGAGCAGUACAUGCACUCGCUGACCUGGCAGCAGGCGCUCACGGGGCUGCUGGAGCGCAUGCAGACCUAUCAGGACGCCGAGUCCCGGCAGGUGCUGGCUACCUGGAUGAAGGAGCGGCAGGAGCUGAGGUGCGUCACCAAGGCCCUGUUCAACGCCCAGUUUGGGAGCAUCUUCCGCACCUUCCACAACCCCACCUACUUCUCCCGGCGCCUCGUGCGCUUCUCCGACCUCUACAUGGCCUCGCUCAGCUGCCUGCUCAACUACCGCGUGGACUUCACCUUCUACCCGCGCCGCACGCCGCUGCAGCACGAGGCCCCGCUCUGGAUGGACCAGCUGUGCACGGGCUGCAUGAAGACGCCCUUCCUCGGCGACAUGGCCCACAUCCGCUGAAGGCACCUUUAUUGUCCGGGGCCGGCCCCCCGCCCCUCCUGCCCCGCCUCUGGCCUCCGUCCCGACAAGCAAUAAAAGCCGUCUCCCUCGGGCA